AGGCAGAAACCGAGAAGUUAGUGCGUAGCGGCACACGGGUAAAAAAAUGGCGGCUGCUUUCAAGUGUACCUAGCUAGAAAAGACGAGCGGGAAAAGAGUUUAUUCACGGCGGUAAAGAAAAAAAAAAGGACAAGCGGAUUUUUAUUACCUUUUUUUAUUUGCUUAAUUGUUGAUGUGAAAUCUGAGCUAGUGAAAAGUGCCGCGCGACAAGAGAGUGGAUGAUGUCAGCCUGUUUUUUUUUCUCGGAGACACAUUUCCAGGCAUUAUAAGAACGAAAGAUUAAAGCAUGUGUGAUCUUGUAGCACAAAUAACAAGCAGUUUGCUGCAGUUUCCAGCAGUGACAGUAGAAGCACUUGGAGAAGAUGAGAUCAAAUUGGAUUCUGUACUACAUGGAAAAUUUGCAGCAGAAAAAAAUGGUCUGGCCUGGUUAGCAUGUGGUCCUCAGUUAGAGGUGGUCAGUUCUGUCACAGGAGAACGGCUUUCUGCAUAUCGCUUUAGUGGAAUCAGUGAGAACCCUCCAAAUGUUUUAACAGUGAAAGAGUUCUGCUGGCACAAGAGGACAGGCUUACUUGUGGGCUUGGAGGAACCGGAGGGUAGCAUGCUCUGUCUAUAUGAUCUCGGUAUAUCACGGGUUGUGAAAGCAGUAGUUGUACCAGGGAGGAUUGUUGGUAUUGAACCCAUAAUAAAUCAUGGUGGUGCAAGUGCCAGCACUCAGCAUCUGCACCAAAGUCUUCGUUGGUUUUUUGGAGUUGCUGCAGUGGUCACUGAUGUGGGACAUAUUUUACUGCUUGACCUUUGUUUGGAUGAUUUAUCUUGCAGUCAGAGUGAACUUGAAGCUUCAGAUCUUGAAGUCGUCAAUAAAUCUCCUGCUGAGAUCCCACGUAUUCGUGAGACUGUGACGAGAGAAGGAAGACACCUAUGCCUUCAAUUACAGAGUCCAUCUGGCACGAGUGCGACAGCACUACAAUAUAUAUCAAGGACAAAUCAGUUGGCAGUAGGAUUUUCGGAUGGUUACCUUCAACUCUGGAACAUGAAAACGCUAAAAAAAGAAUACCAUUCUCAGUUAGAAGGAGGAAGGGUACCAGUUUAUGCCUUCACAUUCCAAGAGCCUGAAAAUGAUCCUCGCAAUUGUUGUUGUCUUUGGGCUGUGCAGUCUUCUCAGGACAGUGAAGGAGAUGUUGUCAGUUUGCAUUUGCUGCAGCUGGCCUUUGGAGACAGGAAAUGUAUGCCUUCAGGGCACACGUUGUAUGAGGGUUUGGAAUUUUGUGAAGAACGUUACAGUCAAGACUUAACUGCUGGUGUGUUUGCAUUAAGGAACCGGGCUACCAACACUAGACUGCUAGGAUGUCAGACAAUUGAAAAAUUUAGGAACCACCCAGACAGAGAUGAAAACAUGAAUGAAGCAGCUUCACCAGACACUAGUGUGUCUGUUUUUUGCUGGCAAGUUAAGUUAUAUGGCCAAGACAAGCCUUCUACUUUCCUAGGGAUUUUUGACAUUAACCGUUGGUAUCAUGCACAAAUGCCCGAUUCUUUACGACAUGGAGAGUUUCUUCACAGUUGCCCAUAUUUUGCACUGUGGUCCCUGGAUGCCAUUGAGGCAGUGACUUUUCCAACAUCCCUUCUUGAUGUACUUGUACAUGAUCGAAGUUUGAGCCGAGGAGUCCCUCAUACACACCCUCCUCCUGAACAGUUUUUCAAUCCCGGCACAUUCAACUUUGAUGCAGUUUGUUUGUUGAGCUCUGGAAUCGUACAUAUAACUUGCUCAGGAUUCCAGAAAGAGACUUUAAGCUUUCUUAAGAAGUCAUAUUCUUGUCUAAAUGAAGCUAUAUCUGAUGGCUAUAAUAGAUGCCUGAUGGCUGGUCUACUGUCUCCACGGCUUGCUGACAUGCAUCCUUCAGCACUAAAUCAGGAAGAACAGUUGGGAGCCAUUUUAUCAACAGCAGUUGAAGCAAGUUCUCUUGGGCUUAUAACUGGCUGCAUCAAACAAUGGACGUCUGAAGAACAACCUGGCUAUGCUGCUAACUUGAGAUUCGUGCUUGAAUGGUCAUGGAACAAAAUUGUUUUGGCAAAAGAACAACUUGACAAACUCUGUACUUCACUUUUUGAUGGCUCUUGCAACUUCAUUGAUCCACAAACAAUACAGAUUUUGCAACACUACCAAAUGGUUCUUUGCAACCUCAGCACAAUCUUUAACUGUUUUCUUGGUGAAGCACAAGAAUUGACAGAGAAAGGACUGCAGGAACUAUUAAGCAAGCAUGUGGUUGCCACCCUGAUUUCCCAGUAUGUCCAAGUGGUUCUCUGGUUUUGCCGUUGUGGUCUACUACCUGAAACAUCAGCAGAUGGGGAUAUACUACAAUUGUCCAGGCCUUUCUACAAUUACCCUUUAAUAAAUGAUUUCUAUGGAAGUCGUCGGCAAAAACUCAAAAGACUGUCAAGAGGUAAAUGGAAUUCAGAUUGUCUUAUGAUUGAUGGCUUGGUGUCUCAAUUUGGAGAUCGUGUCGUGAAACUCUGGAAGCGUGAUGGUGGAACAGAGAAAUAUCCUCCUCCCACUCUUCAUGCACUGCUUGAUAUUUAUCUUCUGGAAAAUGUUGAUGAAUCAGCAAAACAUGCAAUUGUUAUAUACUUGUUAUUGGAUAUUAUGUACUCUUCCCCCAAGAAGAUGGAAUCUUCUGUGGAGUCUUUUCCUACUGCAUUUGCCAUCCCUAUGGGGCUAGUGAAAUUAAUACAAGGGUUUUGGCAGCUUGAUCACAAUGAUCAUGAGGAUUCUUUGAAUCGUAUUUUACAUCCCUCCACCUGCAAAUCAGUGCUGCCCUGGCAACAUGAAAGGAUUAUUCAGGCCCUAAUGUGUCAAGAGGAGUACAAAAAAGCUCUUAGAUACAUACAGCUUGUUAAGCCGGCAAUGUCAUCGUGUAGUGAAAUAAAACUAUACAUCACAGUGUUACUGUUUAACAGGUGCAUGGUGGAGGCAUGGAGAUUGCUGCGGCAGCAUUCCAGUAGGCCUAAUGUGGAAGAGCUUCUGAACCAUAUGUUUGAAACUUGUCAAGAUUUGGGAUUAAUGGAGAUGCUUUUAAAACUGCCAUUCACUGUCUCUGAGCAGGAAUGUUUGGAAAAAUUCCUGAGAACCAGCGGUGGACAAAAUCUUGAAAUGCUUAUGGUUCAUUAUCUUCAACGUGCCCAUUUUGUGCCUGCUUUGCAGCUUAAUCAGACCUUAAAAAUGAAUUUAAUGUAUGACAGAGAUCCCCAACUUAAAGAACGUUCCCAUGCAAGAAAUUCAAUGUUGGACCAGUAUGGAAAGAUUCUACCAAGAGUCCAACGAAGACUUGCCACAGAGAGAGCAAAACCUUACAAUCAUCCAUCAACAUUCUUCUGGGAAGUACCAAGGCCUAAACCAUUAUCUACUGUAGCAAAACCAGCAGCUUCAGGGAAUAUCCUCACAAGAGCAACUUUUAUAAAUAAUGUACUGCUGAAAGUUGGAGAGGUAUGGGUUGGAAAUGAAUUAAAGACGGAUUUGUCACCCUUCAAAAGUCCUCGAAUUCCACAACCACCAACCCCUGCCACUCCAACUCGACCAACAGUGGAAAUGCCUGAUGUAUUUGUUGACACUCCUAUAGCCAGGACUUCCAAGAUGGUGUCAAGGUUACUUGAUUUAGUGGUUCGUCCAACAACUGAUGCUUUGCCAGAAGAGCUGAACAGCCUACAGUCCCCACCUAAGGUUGCACCGACACAAAAUGCAUUUGAUUCAGGAAUGUCAAGCUCAAGAAAAUUCUACCUCAAAAAUAAUUUAUUGGCUUCAGAGUUAUCUUUGUUGCAAACACCUCAGGUUGUAAAGGUGGCAAGAGCACUAUGUAAUUCCUCCACUUCUGGUUUACCUUGCUUUACACCCCAGUCGAUCUUGCGGUCCAGUCAGCGACCAACUCCAGUGGGUUCACCAUCUGCCUCAACUGUAAGAUCUCUUACUCCACCUCUACGAUUAAAAGAGAGUCGCAUCACAUUUUUGGAGGAUGCAUUAUCUAAAAAUGACCAGUGGAGCAAUGGGAUUGUAGCUUGCAAAGAAAGUAUUUUGCCUUCCAAUACCACUUUACUUAAUCCAUCUAACGCCUGGUCUGCUUCCUCCAGUGAAAGUCUUUUAUUGCCAGUAAACCGAUCAUUAGUUCCAGACCUUCAGGUAGAUUUGGAUGAAGGUUGUGCAGUGACAGAUGUAGUACCAGAAGAACCAUUUUUCAGGAAAGAAGAUACUUCUAAAAAUCUAUCAAUGCAGUUACAAGAAAAAACACUUUUAAAUGAAGAAAUUUUACUAAACUCAGAAGGAAAAGAACCUUCAGAAGAAGAAAUAGAAGGCUGUUUUGAUGAAGCAGAAUUAAGGUCACCAGGUAAAAAAUAUCAAGAAGUAAAUGAGGAACGUAAUAUGGCAGAGGAGCGUAAAAACUUUCCAAAGGAAAAAAGUGGAGAAGGUUUUGAAAGGAUGGCCGGAGAGGAAUCCAAUAAAGACUUUCCAACACAAGAGGAUAUGUGCCAGGCAGCAAGUGUAGAUUCAAACAAUUCUGCAAGUAGCCCAUUGGAAUUUCAUGAUGAUCUUUUCCAUGGUAGUAAAGAGGAGGAUGUUGAGAUUUUAAACUUUGCUGCUUCUGCUAAAAAUGCAGAACAUCCACAAGUAGCAUCAGUAAUGACAAAGCAAAGUGAACUAGAGUCUGUUCAUCAUGAUUCCUUUGAAAAAGACUUCAAGAUUGAAGAGCCUUCAUCUGAAGUUGCAAUUUCACCUGUAAAAAGCUCCUCAGAAACAAAUGUACAGCUUAAUAAAACAACUGAGAGUGAUCUGUCAGUACAAGAGGAACAGAAAUCUUCUUUCACUUUGUGUCAGGCAGCUGUUGGUCUCACCUUGGUUAACUCGGAGGCAGCAACUGUUGACACGCAAUCUGUUGUGAGUGUAAAUGACAGUGAAGAUCUUGGUAGCACUCCUUCAGAGCCUAAAGCAGAGGGUAUAGCUGAAAUAGAUCUUGACAGUGAAGCUGAAAUUAUUGAAGACAAUGAUGUACAUUUGAGAACAUUUCAUUAUGAUGAGAAAAUCAUCUCCCUGGAGCCUGAACCUGUAAGAGACUUGCUUACAGUUAUCACCCAUGAAAUAAAUGCCCAGGUGGUAGAAGAUACAGAAAUGGAGUGUGAAUGCCUUGAAGACAAAGCUGAUAUAGUUUCCUAUACUGAGCUGAGACCAUCAGAUACUUUACUGAUUCCAUUACAGUUCAGUAGUGAAGAGCAUUUUGAAGGUCCUUUGCUGCCUGAAAAAGAGACAAAUGAAAUUGAGCCUACUGUAGUUCGUGAUGAAUUAGAAAUGCCUCCUAGCAACUUUACUUUAGUUCUGGAAGCUGAGGAAGAAGAACCAGAAAGUUCAAAUUGUAAAUUAGGUGAAAAUCCAUUAAUUAUAGAAGUAUGUAAAUUUGAGAACAACGUUGGUGCUUUUACAAGUGAAAAUAAUUCUAUGAAACAAAUGAAUCAAGAGUCGUUAAACCUCAUUUUGCCUGGUACAGACAGUUACGACACCCACUUGAACACUACAGUGAAUUGUCCACACUUCUCUGAACCCUCUAAAGAGAAUAAUGUUGAGUGUUUGGUCAAUACAGUUAAGAACAUCAAGAGUGAAGACUUUUCAAUAGACCUUAUUCAGCAAGUUGUUCCAGUUGAGACUUUAGUAGUAAGCAAGGAGGAAAUACCUGCUUUCUCAGGCAUCCAUAGUCAUUCUCCCAAUAAGCAAACAAUGUCUGCUGAAGAACAUAUUUCAUGGCGUACCAGGGGCAGAAGUGUUAUUUUAGUAGAGAAUAGUAUGGUGGCUCAACCUGAAAGAGUUAGUGACGAUGAACAGAAAACACCUGUUCCUCCUUCUUUGAGAAAAGGCAGAAAGCAAAUAAAAAGUGUUACUGAUGGUGAAAAUGAUGAGGGGAAAUCAUCACAACCUCAGGAUGAUAUUUCAUAUAUAUCUGCCCUCAGAACUACACGAAGUACAAAACGACAUGAAUCUGAAAUAGCAAUUACACCAAGACGAAGUCUAAGAAGACUUUCUUCUGCCACAGAUGAAACCCCAAAAUCCAUUUUAAGCAAAAAAGGACUUGGUAAAUCCGUUGUUGGUGUUGCUUUGACUUCAUUAAUAGAGCAAACAGAAGAGAAAGAAGAAGUACCAGUUACUCCUAGCAGAAGAACUAGACAGACACGGAGCAAACAGGCACACAGUCCUGAAAAAGCUCAGCCAGUUGCUCUGGAAGGUUGUGAAAGUCAUUCAGAGAGUAUUUUUAUUAGUCCUACAAAGCCUACCAGAAAAUCACAAAUUAUACUUGCAAAGGAUAUGCAAAACAUUGAACAGGAAGAGAAAAAUAGUCAAGAGCAAUUUUUGGUAACUCCUGGAAAACGCAGUAAAAAAUCUAAAGUCGGCACAACUGGAAAUAUUCCUUCUGCUACAAUGCAAUCUUCGGUUCCUAUGAGAGUAACUCGCAGUAGGUUGUCAAGCUUAAGUCUUGGCACUUCUAAUUCACCUGGAUUUAAUUUUAUGGCUCUUGGAGAUACACCUUUAGCAUCUUCUGCCAAAUCACCUAGUAAAGUUAAAUUUCUCGACAAAAUUGUGAAAGAUUCUGCCCCAGUUAUAGAAAUGCCUGUGCUAAGUAAAGUUCACAAGGAAAUUACUGAGACCACGACAGAUAACAGGAGAAGCACACGAUCGACUUCAGGGCACAACCGAAGUUUGCUGCAGUCUGCAAUAGAAGUCACUAAAAUCUCAAGUGUACAUGAUGCAAAGACUAAAAAGACUUUGGCGGUGGAUGCCACAGAUAUUUAUACUAAACAUUUAAAGGAACUUCAUACAGUUAGUGAGUCCGAACAGAGAGUACUUCAGAACAUUCAGUCCAAUAAAGACACAGAACGUCAGGAAUUACCUAUAGAGCAUUUUACCUUCUCUCCUCCUAAUACAAGAGGACGAAAGACAAAAGCUGAAACAAUUCAAUCUCCUGAAGUACCAUCCAGUGCUAAACCCAGUUUUGCCUUUUCUCCUCCUGCAACACGCUUGAGGAGAACUCAUACAGCUGUAUCUAAAGAUGCUUCUCAUGUGGAAGUACAAGAUAAAUUGUGUAAAGCAAUAAAAGAACAACUAGAAGAAAUUCCUACAGCUUCAAACCAAAGAAGAAAGAAAGCUACACGAGGAAAGAAGGAAAUUCUUUGGUCUCCACCACCGGUUGAGGUCAAUCUGAUUUCUCCUAUCAUCAGCCCAGUGAGUGCGCCAGUGGAAGAGCAAAAGAAAUCUGAUAAGGCUGCUGUUUCUGUAAGAAUUAAUUUGAGAAAGAACAGAAAGAGAUUAACUGAGGUCAUUUUUCCAAAACCUGUUACACGCAGGAAAAUGUUGUAAUUACAAGUUUCUAUCAAGUAAUGCAUUUCGGACUAUAAGAUUGUCAUACAUUUUUAAGAUAGUGAAUUUAUAAUUUGCUAUUUGAAAAAACAAUUUUUAUAAAUUAUUGUAACAUUUCUUAAAUUGGAUCUCUUUGGGGAGGUACCUCUGUACAGUGAAUUGGGCAGUUUCUUUAUGAAACUUAAUACAUUUAUAUAAAUUUUUCAAAUGUAAUUAUUGUAUUAGGAUUGUUGCUAUU